AUCACUAUAAUUAAUCAUUAUCUCUUAGAGCUCAUCGCGUUUUCAGGUACGCAGUCUUGCUCGAUAUCAUCAAAAACGGACAGACGUGACAAAAAACGCUCCCCACUUCAAACCAAGCGAGAUGCAAGCGAGUGGGAAAACAGUUCUUGGUCUUCUUCUCCUCUCACUUGAGCUUACAUUAAAAAAUGCUUUCGUAAAAGCAAUGCCGUCGCCUGUUGCUUUGUACAACUUCUCUUUGCCAGACUUGUUCGAGGAUAUGAGUGGAAAUGGGGUUAAGCUCGAAAACGUUGGCCAAUAUCAAUUGACUGAGGGACCAACUGGUGAUAAAGAUGGCGCCGUUCUGUUUUUGGGGACAGACGGAUCAUACAGAAUACUUAAUAGAAAUGACAAAACAGACACAAGGUAUUCCAUCACGAUACUUCUGUGGAUACGACACGAGUCUUCCGGGCCAAUCUUGCAAUUUGACAGGGACAGCUGGAAUGGGGUACAUUUCUGGUUUAGAACACCAACAGAAUUGUACCUCCAGAUACCAGAGCGCAGCACGGGUAAAAAAUACGACGCUUUGACAUACAGCAGCCUCCCUACCAAAACCUGGCACCAUGUGGGGUUCACAUAUGACUACUCCACUGGUCUGCAAAGGCUCUACGUAAAUGGCACUAUGGUGGCAGAGAGCAAUGUUGGCAAUCAUGAAAUUGCUACCAAUUAUGAGAUGUACUUCGCGAAAAGCCAAGGUCUGAAAUUGACAUCAUCAAGUGAAUACAAAUUAAGAGCCCGCAUGAAUUGUUUCCAAAUAUACGACCAAGCCCUCAGCCCUGACCAUGUGAAGGCAGCAAGAGAUAGGUGCACCAGGAAAGAAUUGUUUAUGCAGUGUUUCAAUUAUCAAGUAUUAAAGAGUUUUGUCGCGGCAAAGAACUACGUCUGGUAUGGCUUCAAAGGUAAUAAGGCAAAGAAAAUACGAUCCAGCUGCCCUUCUAAGUCGGAUUGCCAAGUCUGGAUCAACAGUACACACCCUUCAAGACCGCAAGGAACGGUAGAACACGAGCUGUGCGUUCGUGGGGCGAGUGGCUGCUGUGAACAGAAGGCGAGGGUGGAGAUACGACAAUGCUAUGGCUAUAACGUCUACAAGUUCAAGGGUCUCCCACCUCUUGAUGCACACAUCAUGAUAUGCCUCGCAACAGAUACUGACAACGAUGCGCCGGAAAAGAUAUUCGGGCCAAUGCCUGGUUACCGUCUCAUCAAUCACGUGAUCUAUACCGAAACCCACGUCCCCUCCCCCACUGUUUGCAUCGGUUAUUGCCUUUUGGAUGACAAGAGAUGCAAGUCCGUGAACUACAGCGCGCGAGACAACGGAAUCUGCCAACUGAACAACGCUACAGAGUUUGACGAACACCUAUCAAUCAAUCAGACAUGGGAUUACUACAAGCCAUUACAGUUUAUUACCUUUGCAUAAAUCAAGCACAUCACGAGAAGAGUCGACACAAGCAGUAGCUGACCAACAGUCAACACAAGCGAAAACUGACCAGCGGUCGGGAAGGCACAAGUAAAUACUUGCAAAACGGUCAUCACAAAUAAGGAACAGUGGGAACACAGAACACCGCAGACAACAGAGUGAAUACUGACCAGCGGUCGACACUGGUGAAUAGAACAGCGCGGUCAAUGGACUGGAGUGGAAUGGAGUGGAUGUACUGUCCAACGGUCGACAAAAGCAAUUACUGGCCGGCGAUCAACACAAGUCAGCAUGAGGCAUUUGAGGCACUCGCCUCGGUAUUUUGAUGAUUACUGUUUCACAAUUGAAAUGUAUGAGAUAAAACACAUGCUUCUGUUGGGUUUAUCAUCCAGUGGCUAGCUAUGCCUCGGUAAAAUUUUAAUUCUGGCUACAGGCCUGCAAGUGAACACUGACCAGCGGUUGGCUCCAAGAAAAUACUGGCUAUCGGUCAACAAAAGUGAUGACUGACCAAUAGUCAAUAUAAGCGAACACUGACAGGCGGUCACAACACCAGUGAAUACUAAGCAGCGGUUAAUACAACACUAACCAGCGAGGUAUCAUAUAUUACGUACCUACCGUGAGUACUGACCAGCGGUCAACACAGGUGAAUACUGACCAGCGGUCAACACAAGUGAAUACUGACCAGCGGUCAAUACAAGUGAAUACUGACAAGCGGUCAACACAAGUGAAUACUGACCAGCGGUCAACACAAGUGAAUACUGACCAGCGGUCAAUACAAGUGAAUACUGACCAGCGGUCAACACAAGUGAAUACCGACCAGCGGUCAACACACGUAAAUACUGACCAGCGGUCAACACAAGUGAAUACUGACAAGCGGUCAACACAAGGGAAUACUGACCAGCGGUCAACACAAGUGGACACUGACCAGCGGUCAAUACAAGUGGAUACGCUAAACUUGCGGUUGGAUCAUUGUUUCGCAUAUAUGGCGGUGCAAAGACAUGCCACUCUGCGAGAAUCUUAAAAUUUGUGGAGGUCAAAAGCGCUGAAAUCGUUAUAAUUAUACUUUGAGGUACGAUUUUUGGAGGGGUGCAUCGAGACACCAUACCCCUACUCCUUAGUGUCAGGCCACGCCUUCUAGCACUCCUUCUGCCCAUUUUAUUUUUUAUUAAUGCUAUUGUAGCAUAGCAGUAAAUGCCACCCGAAGUUUCCUACGUAAGCUUAUGUGACUGAUUCUGCAGUAGCAACUUGUAUCCAAAAUAGAAAUAGAGACCUAUUUGUUAAUAAGCUUCGACUCGACAAUGUAGUUGCAACAGUACUGACCAAGGCAUUUCCCAAUUAUAUAAAGGCUUCUGGGCAUCUUAGCUUUACGCUACAGCUACUCAUUGUAACAACUCUUGUGACAAUAAAGUCCUGGUGUACCUA